AUGCAACCACCUCCCAGAAAGGUAAAGGAGAGCCAGCAGUUGAAACUGAUGUUCUCAGAGCAUCUAAGUAAAUUGCAGACCAAAAAACAUCAGGAUACUGAACUGCUGGAGGAGAUCAGGUCCUUCAGUAAGCAUCGAGCAGCUAUAGAGAAGGAGUAUGGUCAGGCUCUUCAGAGGUUAGCUGUUCAGUACCAGAAGAGAGACUGGCAAAGAGGAAAUACAAAUGCUAUCAUCUCUGGAAGUGUGUUUGGUGUGUGGCGUUCAGUCAUAGAUGCUACAGCUCAGAUUGCUGCAUCACGACUUGCUGCUGCAGUAGAGUAUUGCAGACUGACUGGAGAAGCCUCCAGAAGUUUUCAAAAUGCAAAGGACAACUGCGCUAAGAGAGUGAAAGAGCUGCACAAACAAAGAUCAAAUACUUGUGCCAGAGAGAAAGCUGCUGAUGCACAGACAAGAUCCGGAAAGAAUGAGCAUGGGAUUUUACACUUUAAAACAGGACUACAUAAAAUGACUGCUAAGCAAAUGGAUGGUGGUGUUUACGAUGAUUUGAGAAACCAUUUUGACCUGCUGUGUAGGAGAGAUAUGGAUACCUGUCUGUCCACACACAAACAGUACAACAAGAUAUGGGAAAAUGUUGCUAAGGUGACCAGAGAGAAAAAUAUUCAGCAGUUUCUACAAGAAUCUGUUUCCUUCAGCAAAACAACUGUAUUCACCUUCCAACCUGCUCAACAUGACAAGGUGUCUUCUCUGCAGGAGGUCUGUGCUUCAGAAGCUGAGGGUUGUUUGUUUAAGGAGGCUAAAAAACGGGCAACAAAAGCUGCCAAAGACUUUAAGAUCGUCACCCAUGGAGAGAGGGCUCUACAGAUGUUAGACAGUCGAUUGAAGCUCUUGUCAGGGGAGAUGGGGUUCAGUAUGGAGCAGAAGAUAGCAGAGGUGCAGGACAGUGUCAGGAAAGCCAAGAACGGAGACAUCUUCGCAGAUCCAGUGUCAGCAUCUGGAGUGUGUGUUUAUCCUGCAGCCUGUAGAGUUAUCUAUCGCUAUCAGGCUAGCCAGUCAGAUGAGCUGUCAAUCAUGGAAGGGGAGGAGCUUCAAGUGAUUGAAGAUGGAGACAUGGAGGACUGGCUGAAGGUGUGUAACUCAAGUGGUCAGGUGGGCUAUGUUCCUGAGCAUUAUGCGCAGUUCCUGUGUCUACCAGCAGAGGACAGUUCCUUCAGCUCCACCUCAUCCACUGGGAAUAGAGAGAAGGCAGGGAGCAGAGGAGUAGCCAGAGCUCUGUACUCCUGCCAGGCCCAGAGUGCAGAGGAGCUUUCCUUCCAGGAGGGGGCACUAAUCCAUUUGAUAAGCUAUCGACAUGGAGAGGGGGAUGACGGUUUUCGGGAGGGAGAGCUGAAUGGACUGAUUGGUGUCUUCCCGUCAUUGGUGGUAGAGCUCAUACAUGAUGAAGGGGAGGAGAAGAAACAGGAGGAGCCUCUCCCCAUGCCAACCUUGCCUCCCUUCUCUCCUUCCAUCCCAAUCCCCUCAACUCCUGGCUGUAGUUCAGCACUCAGUGCUACCCCCCUUAGCCAUGCGGAGGACAAACAGCAGGUCUUUCCUCUGAGGCUCGCAAACAACACAACAGGCAACAACCGCAAAUCUCCAGAUCUCUCCAGCAAUCAACUAAAACCAUGUCGAGCACCUCCUUCUCCUCCAACACAGAAGCCUUCACCUCAGCCUUGA